CUCCUACGCUCCUCCUACUACUAGUAAUAGUACUGGUUCUAGUAGUGGUGGCGAGGGAGAGGGAUUGUCGUCCUACGUGGACUGCACCCUGUCGCUGGGGACGCCCUCGACGCGCCACGCUGGCGCGGGCCCGGGCUUUGGUGGGCCCGGCCCGGCCCAGCCCCCGUCGAGCUUACAAUGGGACGUAAUGGGCCGGCCCAAUAAGCAACAGUGCUGUGGCGGCGGCGGUGGCAGCGGCGGUGUCGACUCCUCCAAACGGGCGCGCGAGCUGUGCGCUGCGCGUCCCACCGCCAUCGUCACCGCCACCGCCACCGCCCUCGCCUCAUCGGGUGGAGGAGGGACGGUGGCGGGGAGUUUUCCGUCGGAGGUGAGCUCGGCCGCAGUGUUCCGAUGCAUACGGGUGAGCCCGAUGGACGAGGCGGACGACGAGUUCGCAUACCAGACGGCGGUGAACAUCGGAGGCCACGUCUUCAAAGGCAUACUCUACGACCACGGGCCCGACUCCCACCAAUAUGGAGGCGAGCCCUCCUCGUCGCCCGCUGCCGCCAACGCAGCCGCCGCACUCGCCAUGAGUAGCUCUGCGGCAGCAAUGGCUUCGGCCGGGUUGUUGGAUCCUUCUGCGGUGUACCCGGCCCCGAUAAGCGCAUUCAUGGCUGGUACUCAGUUCUUUCCUCAGCACCCUAGGCCUUAGGAAGUGUCAAAAUAAUAUUAACAUAUAAUGUUGCAUCAAGCAACAUGAAGUAGUAUAUUGAACCACUGGAAAACUAGGGUUCCUCCUUGGCUUUUGAUUUCAACUGAUCAAUUAAAUUAACGUGCAUCUACCUUUCCACUGCUUAUUUUCUCUUCCUUUCGAGUUAAGUUGAUCAUGAUCAAAGAGCGCUCCUAGCUCGCUGAAAUGUCGCAUAAAUUAUUGGAUCAA